AUGUUUGCACAGAAGCUCUACUGUCUAACUGUGAUUAUCCGAGGCUAUGAGGGCUCAGCGAUGAUUCACGGUGAGGAUUACUUGACCACGUACACGUUCAACACUAAUCAAGCUAAGCAUAAGUUCUGCCGCAUUUGUGGAGUGCAGUCGUUCUACGUCCCACGGUCGAAUCCAGAUAGCAUUGGUAUUAUGCCUCAUUGCAUUGACUCUCCCACGAUAAAAGAGCUGCGCUUCAGUGAGUUCGAUGGAAGGAACUGGGAAGAAGAAAUGAAGAGGAAAAGCUCCAAAGGCACUUUAAGAAUGCUACUGAAGGUUCCGGAGCCCCAGCUACCUGGGAUAUUAAAUCCCACAUAUUACAUCCGCAUAUUCCUGACAUCAUUGGAUAUUGUUGAGUCUGGUAUAAUGGAGCUACUGGAACUGGAACUGGGACUGGGACCGGUACAAUAA